AUGACAGACCGUAAUAUCUACGGGUACAAUCCCUCCCUACCAGCGGCAGUCAUCUUCAUUGUUCUCUUCGCCGCUACGACCGCUUACCAUGGCUAUCAGCUCACCAAGACGCGAUGCUGGUACUUCAUUCCCUUCGUGGUUGGUGGAAUCUUCCAGGUAAUAGGAUAUAUCUGCCGCGCCGCCUCUCAUGACAAUUUCACCGGCAUUCCCCUAUACGCAAUGCAGACGCUCUUCAUCCUGCUUGCUCCACCAUUAUACGCAGCAUCGAUCUAUAUGAUCCUAGGUCGGACAGUGACCUACCUCCACGCCGAGAGUCUGAGCUUGGUGCCUGUGAAGUGGAUGACGAAGAUCUUCGUGACGGGAGACGUACUCUCGUUUCUGCUGCAAUGUGCUGGCGGUGGUCUCAUGUCCACAGGAAGCUCCAUGCACGAGACCGGCUCAAACGUCACAAUCGGCGGUCUAAUCAUCCAGCUACUCUUCUUCGGCUUCUUCGUUAUUGUCACGACAGUUUUCCACGCCCGUAUCAACCGCCAGCCAACUUCUAAAUCGCAGGCUGAUCGCGAUCUUACCCGCGGUGAUGGCUGGAAAAGACGCAAUUGGGUGACCAUCCUGGUCGGACUGUAUCUUGUCAGCAUCCUGAUCUUGGUGCGGUCUAUUUUCCGCUUGGUGGAAUACAUUCAAGGGUAUGAUGGGUAUAUCAUGACGCAUGAGGUCUUUAUGUACGUCUUUGAUGCGGUCUUGAUGUGGCUCGCCAUGGUAGUCAUGAAUGUGUACCAUCCUGCCGAGAUUUUGGGUGAUGGGAAGGCUAAUGGGGGCUACACGGAUACAAUGGAACUAUAG